AGUCUUACCCUAGUUUCAUAACAGUCUCUAUCUUGCUCUGUUAAUCUAGGAAGACUUUUGAUUCCCAAGAGAAAAAAAAAAAAAAGUGAAGUUUAGUCUUUUCUUCUUGUCGUGAGCAGUUUUAAUGGCGGGUUACAAAGCGGAUGACGAUUACGAUUACCUUUUCAAGGUGGUUCUGAUCGGUGAUUCGGGCGUUGGAAAGUCCAAUCUGCUCUCUCGUUUCACCAGGAACGAGUUUAGCCUCGAGUCCAAGUCCACGAUCGGCGUCGAGUUCGCCACUCGUAGCUUGAAUGUUAAGGACAAAGUCAUCAAAGCCCAGAUUUGGGACACUGCUGGUCAAGAAAGGUACCGUGCGAUCACUAGUGCAUACUACCGAGGAGCUGUUGGGGCACUUCUUGUCUACGACGUUACACGACACUCCACAUUCGAAAACGUUGAGAGGUGGCUUAGGGAACUCCGUGACCAUACCGAACCAAACAUAGUCGUGAUGCUUUUGGGAAACAAAUCCGAUCUUCGUCAUCUUAUAGCUGUUCAAACCGAAGAUGCCAAGUCUUUUGCGGAGAAUGAAUCACUCUACUUCAUGGAGACUUCAGCGCUUGAAGCUACUAACGUUGAGAACGCGUUUUCGGAAGUGCUCACUCAGAUUCACCAAGUUGUGAGCAAGAAAGCAAUGGAGGCUGGUGAUGAUUCAAACUCGGGUAAUGUUUUUAAAGGAGAGAAGAUUGAUCUUGAUGUCUCUGCUGUGAAGAAAACAGGUUGUUGCUCCAACUAAAGACUUGUUAGUCUCUUGCUUAUUUGAGGGGUUUGGUCUGUGUCCCUAAGCUAAGAUCUUUUUUUAUUUCGUACAUUCAAAAUACUUUUGAAGAUGUUUGCUUUAUUUUUAGGAAACAAACUGUGUUUUGCUUUUGA